GAAGUGCAGCAAAAAAUUUGCAAAACGUAUUGUUCGUUUUUUUGCCUGGGUCAAGGUGACUUGUACGAAAGUAUGAGUGAUCUAUGUGCGAAACUCCACCCGUGGAAGAUUUAUUGCCAUUUUGGGGCAAACUUCGUAACCGUGGUCAUUUAGUCGAGGUGGAUCGUCUCGUUGCGACAGACACACUUUUAGUAGGAAAUUGGCAAAAAUUUCGCAAAUUUGCUAGAAUUUUCGGUAUCAAAAUUUAUGCACGCGUUUAAGGAUUUGAAAUUCUCCAUGUUCGAAUUUGCGUUUUAAGGGUUUGAAAUUCUCCAAAAUUAAACUUUGCACAGUUUUAAAAAUUUUACGGUUUUAUAAAUUUUUAAAUUCUUCGCAUCUCCAAAUUUCUGAAAUCUGUUUUACUAUGGGCGAAAUGUAGAAAUGUUGGGGAAAGUGAGAAUCGCAAAAUUGUGUGCGAUUUUUCUCCUAAACUUGAACUUUGUGGGGAAUAUUUUUGUGGGGGGUGAGCUAGACGAGAAUGGUCGGUAUUUCCUCCCCGGGAAGAAAUACCCUUUGACCCUGCUCCCCAUUUUGGACGAACUUGACGUGCCCUCCGUUUUCAGGAGGACGCACUAUCUCAAGUUCAUCUUCAAAUGCGUCUUCUUCGAGGGGCACUGUGACCUUAUCGGAAAGUGGUUGAAACCCCGAGCCAUGGCCGCACUAUUUGGAACGUGUCUGGGCUGCACGCCUUUCCAAGAGAGGAAUUUAGAGAGGUGGCUGCUCGGCCUUAUCGACGCGAACCCCACCCUCUUCCGCGCCGCCAUGGUCAAGGUCUGCGUCGACAUGGAUGUCCCCGUCGGCCAGGAAGACUUCGCACUCCUCGGACCCUUCCUCCCCACAAAAAACAGCUAACGUCACCGUCUUCAUUAACUAUUUAGCAUGUAAACCUUGACACCGUGAGUAAUAAAUCUUGUGUAAAGUGCAACAAUAAAUUUAA